AUGUUUUUACACUGCUCCAAGGCGAGAAUGAGCGGAAGGGAGGAAACGUUGGCGAACCUUGUUGGGAGGAAAAGGAGAAACGUUAAGAAAAAGAAUGCUUCGGAAACUAGCAACAAUCGUUUGGAACAAGAUUCUAACGAGAAUAGGACCAACGCACCGGUAACACAAGCGGAUGUAGUCGGUAUAAGUCAGGUUAAUCCUCCGCAGUUCGAGGGUGGUGCUGAUGCCUUAGUUGCCGAAACUUGGGUGAAAGAAUUAGAGAAAGUGUUUAAGGCUAUGCGCAUUCCGAAUGAGUCGAGGGUAGACUUGGCCAUUACCCAGCUGAAGGGGAAUGCGGAAUAUUGGUGGGAUACUACAAAACCCGCUUAUGAGAGUUCGGAUGAGCCCUUGACAUGGAUUAAAUUCAAGGAAAUAUUUUUUGAGCAAUAUUUCCCAAAGUCGGUGAGAAAGGUGAAGGAGAAUGAAUUCUUACAACUGCAACAAAAGCCAGGUAUGUCUGUUUUGGACUAUGCCAACAAAUUUAAUGAGUUGGGACGUUUCUGUCCUCCUAUCAUCGAUACGGAUGAAAACAAAGCCACGAGAUUUGAGCAUGGACUAUUGCCAAGCAUCCGCUCUCGUUUGUCUUCCCAUAUCAUUGAGAGUUAUCAAGAUGCAUUGCAGAGAGCUAUUAAAAUCGAAACAGACUUGAAGAGGUAUGAGCGGGAGAUGGGUCAAAGAAAGCGACCAAGGUUUGACGGAGGACACAACAACCGGCAACAGAACGCUAAGAGUGCUGGAGACAAGAAAUGGAGAGAAAAAUGUAAGACUUGUGAUCGAUUCCAUUCUGGGGAGUGCUACAAGAAAUGGGGCGUAUGCUAUGAGUGUGGGAUAUAUGGACACAUUGCUAGGGAUUGCCCUAAUAAGAAGAAUGAAGCUGCCAAGUCUAAACCAAUGGAGUCAUCACAGAAGAGCAAUGCUCGAGUUUUCGCCAUGACUCGACAAGAUGCAUGUACAAAUGAGGAUGUGGUGACAGGUACUAUUCCUAUCAAUAAUGUCAAUGCUUGCGUGCUAUUUGAUUCUGGUGCCUCUCAUUGCUUUGUAUCUGUUGAGUUUGCUGCAUCCUUGAAUUGUGUUCCUGAGAAGUUAGAUGAACCUUUGUUUGUUGCUACUCCCGUUAGGAAAACUAUGUAUGCUGACUUAGUCCAUAAGAAUUGUGUUGUUCACAUAAAGGGUUGUGAUUUAGUAGCGGACUUGGUGCAAUUGAGGAUGAAAGAUUUUGAUGUUAUUUUGGGGAUAAAUUGGUUAUCGGAUAAUCAUGCAUUUAUUGAUUGCCAUGGAAAGAGAGUGAUCUUUCGACGACCAGGACAGCCUGAGCUUGUGUUUAAUGGUGGUCGUGUAAACAACCCAAUUCAAGUGGUGUCAUUCUUGAACGCCAUGCAAUCAUUGAAGAAAGGUUGUCACGGCUUUCUUGCUUAUGUGAAGGACACUCAGAUCGAUGAAAGUGUACGUUUGGAGGACAUUCCCAUUGUUAAAGAUUUUCCUGAUGUUUUUCCCGAAGACCUACCUGGUCUACCUCCAGACCGGGAAAUUGAGUUUGAGAUUGAUCUUGUCCCUGGGACUACUCCAAUAUCUAAAGCUCCUUAUCGAAUGGCCCCAUCUGAGUUGCGUGAACUCAAGGAGCAACUCCAAGAGCUGUUGGACAAAAAGUUCAUACAUCCUAGUGUAUCACCUUGGGGAGCCCCAGUAUUAUUUGUUAAAAAUAAAGAUGGGAGUCUACGCUUAUGUAUUGAUUACCGGGAGUUGAAUAAGGUUACAGUGAAGAACAAGUAUCCUCUUCCUCGGAUAGAUGAUCUCUUUGAUCAGUUGCAAGGUUCACAAGUCUUUUCAAAGAUUGACUUGCGGUCUGGGUAUCAUCAAUUGAAGAUUAAGGCAGAUGACGUACCUAAGACUACUUUCCGCACAAGGUACGCUCAUUAUGAGUUUUUAGUUAUGCCUUUUGGACUGACCAAUGCCCCUGCAGCAUUUAUGGAUUUGAUGAAUCGCAUCUUUAAGCAAUAUUUAGAUCAGUUUGUUGUUGUUUUCAUCGACGACAUUCUGAUUUAUUCCAAAAGUGAUGAAGAGCAUGAGAACCAUUUGAGAAUCGUGCUUCAGACCUUGCGUGAUAAACAACUUUUUGCCAAGUUCAGCAAAUGUGAAUUUUGGAUGAGAAGCGUGGCAUUCCUCGGUCAUGUUAUUUCUAAAGAUGGAAUAUCGGUUGAUCCGAAGAAGAUUGAAGCAGUAGUGAAUUGGCCUCGACCUACGAAUGUCACUGAAGUUAGAAGCUUUAUGGGUUUGGCUGGUUACUACAGAAGGUUUGUGGAGGGAUUCUCCCGAAUUGCUGUCCCUUUGACUCGUUUAACUCAAAAGCGAGCAAAUUUUGAUUGGACAGAGGAAUGUGAACAAAGUUUCCAAGAGUUGAAGAAUCGGUUGGUGUCUGCACCAGUUCUUACUUUGCCGACUGAUGGCGGAAAAUUCACUAUUUAUAGUGAUGCUUCAAGGAAAGGAUUGGGAUGUGUGUUGAUGCAGGAUGGAAGGGUGAUUGCUUAUGCCUCUAGGCAAUUAAAACCCUAUGAACAGAAUUAUCCCACUCAUGACUUGGAGUUGGCUGCGGUCGUUUUCGCCUUAAAAAUUUGGCGACAUUACUUAUAUGGAGAAUCUUGUGAGAUCUACACAGAUCACAAGAGUUUAAAAUACUUGUUCACACAAAAAGAGUUGAAUAUGAGGCAAAGGAGGUGGUUGGAGUUAAUCAAGGAUUAUGAUUUAAGUAUCAACUAUCAUCCGGGUAAAGCUAACGUAGUUGUUGAUGCUCUUAGUAGAAAAUCAACUGGGAGUAUGGCUGCUUUGAUUACCACUCAACGGAGAUUGUUGGAAGAACUUGACGGAGAGCAAAUUGAGGUGGUAAUGCAAGGUGAAGGUGUAUUAUUGGCUAGUCUUGUGGUACAACCAUCCUUAAUUGAGAGGAUAAAAGUUGCACAAAAGGAUGAUCUUGAGUUGUGCAGAAUUAAGGAGGAUGUAGAAAAUGGAUUGAAGACGGAUUUUAAUAUCCAUAUUGACGGCACGUUGCAAUUUGGGAGUCGAUUGUGUGUACCAAAUGAUUUCGUGCUCAAACGGGAGAUAUUGGAGGAAGCUCAUGGAUCUCGUUUCACCAUACAUCCUGGAGGCACUAAAAUGUAUAAAGAUUUGAAGGAGAAUUUUUGGUGGAAUAACAUGAAGCGGGAAAUUGCCCAAUUUGUGUCUCAAUGCUUGGUGUGUCAGCAAGUUAAAGCUGAACAUCAAAGGCCAUCGGGAUUGUUACAACCAUUGGAGAUACCGGAGUGGAAGUGGGAGCAUAUCUCUAUGGACUUUGUAAUGGGGUUACCUAGAUCGACCAAAGGAAAUAAUGUGAUAUGGGUGAUUGUUGAUAGACUCACAAAGUCGGCUCACUUUUUACCUAUCAAGUCAACCACUCCACUUGACAAGCUGGCACAGAUGUAUGUAGAUGAGAUUGUACGAUUGCAUGGAGUUCCGGUGAGUAUUGUGUCAGAUAGAGAUUCUAGAUUUGUUUCUAAAUUUUGGGCAAGCCUACAACGUGCUAUGGGGACAGAUUUGAAAUUCAGUAGUUGGGAUGAUCAUUUGCCAUUGGCGGAAUUUGCCAACAAUAAUAGUUAUCAGUCGAGCAUUGGAAUGGCUCCUUUUGAAGCGUUAUAUGGAAGGAAAUGUAGAUCUCCUUUAUAUUGGGACGAUAUUGGAGAAAAGAAGUUAUUGGGACCGGAAGUUGUGCAAAUGACUGUGGACAAAAUUAAGGUGUCACCCACCAAGGGAGUUAUGAGGUUUGGGGAACGAGGAAAGUUAAGUCCACGUUAUGUAGGACCGUUUGAGAUCCUUGACAAGAUCGGAGAAGUUGCAUAUCGGAUAGCUUUGCCCCCACAACUAUCCAGCGUGCACAAUGUGUUUCACGUAUCUAUGUUAAGGAAAUAUGUUCCUGACCCAAGCCACGUGGUGGACUAUGAACCAUUGGAAGUUCGUGAGGAUUUGACUUAUCCGGAACAUCCCAUCCGGAUAGUUGAUCGAAAGGAACAAGUUUUGAGACGAAGAACAAUUCCGUUCGUGAAAGUGCAAUGGAGUAAUCAUACACCAAGGGAAGCAACAUGGGAAAUGGAGGAAGACAUGAGGAAGGAGUACCCUUACUUAUUUGCAGACGAGGACUAG